AUGGAUCGUCUCCUUUAUGGGCCCAGUAUUCGGUCGGACCUGAUACCUCAGUGGACGACCAGAGCUGCUGGGUGCGGAAGAUCGGGGUAUGCCCCGGAGAAUUUGAAUAAGGAGCUCGUGGUGCGGUACUGCAAUCAGAUACUGGGCAUUUUAAUGAAUUGUUUGGAUUAUCACAAUUUGGGGUGCCCAAAUGAUGGGCAGAAUGGCAGGUUUGGCAAAUCAAUAACUUCUUCCGAGUAUUUGACUUCGUUGAAAAACAAGAAGAAGAAGAGAAGUAGCAGUAACGAGUGUGAGAGGGAAACGAGGAACGAAAGCGAGCUGAUCCUGGAAUCCUUGCAAUCCUUCUCGAAACUCCUGAACAGUUUGCCAGGGUACAAAUUCCAUCCCUUUCAAGUUACCGCAGCCGUGAGGAUCAAGUUGCUUUUCAGUCAAGAGGAUCCACAUCUAAGGAGAUCCUCGAUCCAGUUAUUAGGAGAUCUGGCAACGUCCCUUGGUCAAGAGACCAAUUUGGAGGCAUUCAAGGAGCAGAUCCAAGGGAACCUCAUCACUUCACUCUUGCAUCUAUGCGAUCCAGACGUGUAUGUGGUCAAGGCCUGUAAAAGUACGAUCCAGAAGGUCGGCCCUUAUCUGGAUUGUCCGAAGGUAAACCGCAUAAUCCAGGAGUGUUUGGGCGACGACACCGACUUGAUGUUCACGGAUUUUAUUAGGGAGAUAAUUAAACGCAUGCUCUCUCUGCAACGACCAGGACCAACUUCUCUUUCUAAAAAUGACCGAAACAGUGGUGGGGGACGUAUGUGCAGACAUGGAUCGUCUCCUUUAUGGGCCCAGUAUUCGGUCGGACCUGAUACCUCAGUGGACGGUAGUGGUCGCUUUCUUUACCUAUUUGAUCAAGGACAAUGUAGAGAGCAAACAGGCGGUUUUAAUAGAAAACCUAUUGGAGAUGAUUUUGGAUGUCCAGCUGGACCAGAGCUGCUGGGUGCGGAAGAUCGGGGUAUGCCCCGGAGAAUUUGAAUAAGGAGCUCGUGGUGCGGUACUGCAAUCAGAUACUGGGCAUUUUAAUGAACUGUUUGGAUUAUCACAAUUUGGGGUAAAUUUCUUAACUUAAAAAUUUUGAAAAUUAAAAAAAUGUAUCAAACCCGUAGUUCUUUCUUAAAUAUAUAAUGUAGCGGAACGACCUCUACCUUUGCACGUGGUUCGUUCUAUUAGAAUAUCGGGCGUCUUAAAUAUUUUAUUUAUUUGUGGAAAUGCGUGACAUUCUUUAAACCCUACAAUUCUGCUCGGAGUAUUCUUAUGAUUAUUUCUUCGUUUAUCACCAUUUAAUAAAGAAGUAUGGCGCUUUUGACUCCGUGGUUCCGUUAAAAGGUUUUAAUCCGGGUCAGUGCUUUUAUUAUUAAUAGGUAAGGUUACAACUGUCCUGUUUCUUGGCUAGCAAUUUAUGUUAUCUAUUUUGUUAUUAAAAGGUGUUAAAACUAAGCCCAUAACUGAGGUGAAUUAACUGAGAUUUCCCGACAUAAGUGGUUUCUUUGACAUACGAACCCUCGGGACUAAAAAUCCCAUUACAAUAAAAGUCCAAAAAAAACAUUUAUUGUUAUGAGGUGCCUAAAUGAUGGGCAGAAUGGCAGGUUUGGCAAAUCAAUAACUUCUUCCGAGUAUUUGACACCGUUGAAAAAGAUGAAGGAGAAGAGAAGUAGCAGUAACGAGAGUGAGAGUUAUAAGGAGUGACAGUUAUAAGGAGAUCCCUUGGCCAGGAGACCAAUUUAGAGGCAUUCAAGGAUCGAGUGAGAUCCAAGGGAACCUCAUCACUUUACUCUUGCAUCUAUGCGCUCCAGAGGUGUAUGUUGUCAAGGCCUGUAAAAGUACGACCCAGAAGGUUGGCCCUUAUCUGGAUUGUCCGGAGGUAAACCGCAUGAUUCAGGGGUGUUUGGCCGACAACACCGACUUGAUGUUCACGGAUUUUAUUAAGGAGUUAAUUGAACGCAUGGGUUUUAUGGAAUCAAUGAUAUCAAGGUUAUUUGGGGGUCAAAUCGAGGACGAGUUGGUUUAAAGGUGGUGUCUAAGGGCCAAUCCCGCCCUUGUCACCGGUUUGUUCUACGCCGAACUACUACCCGAGAAUAAACCGAAAGUUUCACUGGAAACUGUCUGUGAUAAACUGAACAGACUGAUGCAAGACGAGUCAGAAGAAGUUAGGAUUAAGGCAAGUCAAGCUAUAUCGUGUUUGUUUUUAUAAUUAUUGUAGAACGGAAUGUGCUAGGGGGAUAGUACGAUUAAGUCUUUUAAAUCAGUUUUUAGUAAGAAAUUUUGCAUAACUUUUUUGUUAUUAAAGAUAGAGCUUUCAUUUACAAACUGUCAAGUACUACU